AUGGAAAAGGAUCCCCCCAUUCACAGGAGGCACCGGCCUGGUCCUGGAGCCCUGCCUUCAGGAAUCAGCCCCGGAUACCUCAAGGUGGUCAGUGAGGGGGCCGAACUCCAGCGGAGCAGGAGUGUGGGGGGCUUGCACCAGAAGGGGGAUCCACCAGUCUGCAUCAGGAAACUACUACGUAAGGAGCUAGACUCUGAGGAUCCCAGAAACGACACUGAUGACAUCAUCUGUCAGGUGAGCCUAGAGGAAGACAGAAAGAAAAAGAACCAGGAUGAGCCCGGAAAACUGGACCCAAAGUGUGGGAAAACGGAGCCAGAGAAGAGCGGCUCAGAGGCCAGCACCACAGAACAAGAUGAUGCCUGCAAAGGAAGAUGUACCUCAGUGGCCGAGGGACAAGAGUCAGAGUCCAUGAAGCUGAAUAACCUUCUAGAAAAACAGAAACCAGCUGUGUUUGUGGAGAUCGACCUGGGAGACCAUAUUGAAGAGGAGGUGGUCACCUGUGCCGUGAGAGAAGAGAAGAGGCUUCCAAUGGACACAGGGGACUUGUCAGAGGAUGAGACAAGGACCAGCUGGGUAUGCUGCAUCCCAUAUUCCACCAAGAAGAAGGUGAAGGAAGCUACCAAUGCUUUGGAGAAGAACCACCAGAGGUCUCAGGACGGGACCUAUCUGACUCAGCCACUAGUAGAGCUCUCUGGGGACUAA